AUCCUCUUUUAAGUUCCAAUAAACUCGACUCUUCUACCUGUCUGUGAGAGUGGUGUUUGCCCUCUUCCCUUGUGGGAUUCCCCCCCCCCAAAGAAAUCUAGGAUGCAGUAAAAGGAAUCCCCUUCCUCUUGAAAGGCACAGGGAGAUUGUGACGGCCACCUGGGCUUGGCAAGGCAGGCCCAACUCAAAGCAGGCAGCUGUGAGUGCGGCAGAUGCAUCUCCCAUCAGAGAGUCCUAGACUUGGAAGGGACCCCGAGGGUCAUCCAGCCCAACCCUGAAAUAAUAAUGCAGGAAUUGCAGCACGGGAAUCCCCGACAGGUGCCCACCCGGCCUCUGCUGAGAAACCUCUGAGGAAGGAGAGCCCGCCUUCUUCUGAGGGCGCCCGGCCCUCUCUCCUACCUUCAGGAAGUUCUUCCUAACAUCUGCUUGGGAGAAUCUCGCUGGGGUGGACGACACUGCAGGGAGCCCAGUUCUCCAUCUGCUGCUGCCGUGUGCAUAUGAAGCCCUUGCUUUUGCUGCAUCCUGGCGCUUUCUUGGCACGCCAGUCCAGGGCGUGGGGGAUCCUGGCUCCCCGACCGGUUCUGCCAGCUUCCCGUGGGGCUCCCUGGUAGGUCUGGAUGUGGGCCUGCCCCGCUCUGCAAGCUCCAGCCUGCGCCUCCCACAAAGAGGAAGCUGCGCUGGACCCGCCGGGAGGAAGCAGGGCUGGAGCCCCCCGCCCUAUGUCCCCCCCCAUCUCUCUAGGUCGCCAUGCCUUCCAGGCUGAAGUUCUUCCGGGGCCAGCGCUACCAGCACCUGAAGAAGCGCUGCCUGCAGCAGCAGAGCCUCUUUGAGGACCCCGAGUUCCCGGCCACCAACGCCUCCCUCUUCUACCGCAGAGACCCUCUGCAGGGAGUCUCCUGGAAGCGCCCCGGGGAGCUGUGUGCGGACCCCCGGCUCUUUGUGGACGGCAUCAGCCCCAGGGACCUGCACCAGGGCAGCCUCGGGAACUGCUGGUUCGUGGCGGCCGCCUCCUGCCUGGCCAGCGAGCCUAGCAUCUGGAAGAAGGUCAUCCCCAACCCCCGGGAGCAGGAUUGGGACCCUGGCCGGCCCCACGCCUACGGCGGCAUCUUCCGCUUCCGCUUCUGGCGCUGGGGCAGCUGGACGGAGGUUGUGGUGGACGACCGGCUGCCCUGCCGCCAGGGACAGCUCCUCUUCUGCCGCUCGGCCGAGCCCUGCGAGUUCUGGAGCGCCCUCCUGGAGAAGGCCUACGCCAAGCUGAAUGGGUGCUACGAGGCCCUGGAGGGCGGCAACACGGCCGAGGCGCUGGUGGACUUUUCGGGGGGCAUUUCGGAGCCCCUGGCGCUGGACGAGGGGGGCUUCGGCACGGACCCCGAGAAGCGGAAGGAGCUCUUCCAGCAGCUGAAGAAAGCCCACGCCCGGGCGGCUCUCGUCAGCUGCUCCAUCCGGUCCCUUCCUGGCGAGGGGCCCGAGGCUGAGCUGCCCUGCGGCCUGGUCAGGGGCCACGCCUACGGGGUCACGGCGGUCAGGACCGUCCACCUGCGCAGGAGGAACCUGCUGGAGCUCUUCAAGGUCAAGAAGCUGCAGCUGAUUCGCAUGCGGAACCCCUGGGGGACGGUGGAAUGGAACGGGGCCUGGAGCGACAAGUCCCCAGAAUGGCAGAAGGUGAGCCAGCGAAACCGGAAGCAAAUGGGGGUAACCGUCCGGGACGAUGGCGAAUUCUGGAUGAGCUUUGAGGACUUUUGCGCCCAUUUCACAGACGUCGUCAUCUGCCGCCGCAUGAACACGGCGAGGCUGAGCUGCCGGCGGAGCUGGGUGGAGGAUCUGCAGUUUGGGGAGUGGGACCCCCAGAAGAGGCGGGCAGGGGGCUGCCUCAACCACAGGGACACCUUCCUGGAGAACCCCCAGUUCUUCUUCGACGUGUCUGGGGUUCGAGACUCGGUCCUGAUCUCGUUGCAGCAGGAAGACACCCGUCAGCUCCGGGGGUCUGGCUCCGGGGGGCACAACCUCCCCAUUGGCUUCGAGCUCUUCAGCGUGGAGCAGAACCGGACUUGGCGCCUGCACCGCAUCCCGCCCCGAAUGGCCGGCUCCACCUACAUCAACUCCCGCAGCGUCUUGCUCCGGGCGGAGGUGCCCGGGGGCCGCUACGCCCUCCUGCCCACGACCUUCGACCCCGGCCAAAGCAGCGCCUUCCUCCUGCGCAUCUACAGCGAGCGCCCGGCCAGGCUGCGGGCUGUCAACCGCAAUGACCCCCCACCUCCGCGCUGCAGCUGCUGCUCCGGAUCCCACCAGCUCAUCACCUCCGUUUGUGUCCAUCGGGCCGUGGGGCUGGCACUCCCCAACUCCAGCAAAGCCCCAGAUGUCUACGUCAAGGUCUGCUCCGAAGGGCAGGCGGUGCGAUCCUGCCUCCACAAGGCCAACUCCAGCCCAGACUUCAACUUCAAGGCUGUCUUCUGCCGCCGGCGCCCGCAGAAGCCCAUCCGCAUCGAGGUGUGGGCCAGGCGGUUCCUGCGCAGCACCCGGCUGGGGUACGUCAAAGUCUUGGCUGCGGAGACCGCCCCGGACGCCGGCAGUGGGCAGGUGCUGCGGCUGCAAGGGGGACCCCCUGCCUGUCCCCCGGGCUCCAUCCUCGUGGAGACCUCCACCAGCUCCGACCUCCUGGCUCUGUGAGCUCGGCCGAGGAGCCCUUUGUAGGCGCCAGGGAGUGCAUUGGGUGCCCGCCUAGGGGUGGGCAUGUUAGGAUAUAGUUCCAUUCCACCUUAAAAGGGUACAGGCAUGAUAUUCGUGUAUCACAUGCCUGUUUACGUCCAGCACAGUCUGCUGGGAACUUCCGUUGUGUAUUGCUUUUGCUAUACUGCUCUUUUGCCGGAGACGAAGGGAUGCAGACAUGUUUUCCUUUGUUCCUGAACUAUGAUGAAUAAAUGCUGUAAAUAAUGCUUA